AUGGAUCUUAAUUUUUACUCUGACCUCUCUGAUGGCACCAGUCAGAAUAUCGACCAGGAGUUCUUGGAAGCACAGGGUUAUAAUGGAUACGACCCAGUUAACAAGGUAUGGGGCCUACUUCUAAACAAGGGGAAAGAUAGUUUUUUCAUGUCGUGUGAAUACUAUGUUGUGUGUUUUGCAGUUUCCAGGAGGCAGUGAUACUUACCUUACCAUCUCUGGGGCAGGUCAUCCUUUUCUCUCCUCUGAGGUGGGUGUCAUGAUCCUCGAAGCCUGCACACCUUCCACAAUGCAGUGCCUAAAAUGUUCAUGUAAUCUAUCUGUCCCAUUAACAGUUGUCCUUCUCCUUCUCUCUGUUUAGCAGACAUUCCAUACACCCAGUCUUGGUGAUGAGGUGUUUGAGAUCCCUCCCAUCUCCCUGGACCCGGACUCGGCCCUCAGUGUGGGGGACGUGGUGUCCCAUUAUGGCGAACUAUCAGGGGGAGCAGGGGGUCCUUCCGGGGCUGGAAGCCUGGUGAGGAGUGCUGUGGUGGGGGGCAAUGACCCCUCCUUUGCCUCCACCUAUGUGAACCCAAACUCUCAGGGCUUGGAGCACCUGAGUCUGAGGGUGAUGAGCCAGCCUGGAGGGGGGGCCCUGCUUAGCUCAACACUGGGGGUGGUAAGUGGUGUACUUAUGAAUACUACUAGAAUACUUUGUGCAUCAAGAAUGUGUUUUUCUCAAAUUGUAAUGCUUUGUUAAGACUUGUAAAAACUCCUGUCCUUGUCUCUCUAGGAACUUGGCCACUCCAUUGGCUCCCAUUUCAGCAGCUCCUCUCCAAUGACCAUUGAUGUCCCACUUGGUGACAUGAAUCAUGGCCUAUUGGGACACAAUCAGCUAACUACUAUUGACCAAUCAGAGUUGAGUGCCCAGCUUGGGCUUGGUCUUCAUGGCGGGAACAUUCUGUCCCGUUCCAAGUCCCCUGACCAGCUGUCUCCCACGCCUUCUCUAGCGGGCUCCCUCCAGGAUGAUGACAUGGAUGACCUCAGGGUGAGUGUCUGUUUGUAUGUUUGUUUAUAUGUGUAGGACUUGUUGUUGGUUUGUUUGUCUUGUUGAAGUCUUGCUAAGUCAACUGAUCUGGCCUUGUAUCUUUCCCUCUCUCUCUGUCCACUGGUCCCACUGUCACCCAGAAGAGUGUGCUGGUUGACUCUCCAAUGUCCCUGUCUGUCUCCCCUGCAAUACUCUCCCACCUCUCCACCAUGCCGGGCUCUGCCCCCAUGCUCUCCUCCUCCAUCUCCCCUGCGUUGGUGAGGCGAGGCGGAGGCAAGCCAGCUAUGGUGGCCGCUACAGCAGGGCCUGGAGGAGGGAAGAAGGGGAAGAAGAAGAAAGAUCCCAACGAGCCCCAGAAACCCGUCUCUGCCUACGCCCUGUUCUUCAGGGACACCCAGGCUGCCAUCAAGGGCCAGAACCCCAACGCCACAUUUGGAGAGGUGUCCAAGAUCGUAGCCUCCAUGUGGGACAGCCUUGGGGAAGAGCAGAAACAGGUACACAAUACACACACUUUUAGUAAAAGACAUACCGUAAAACUUCAAUUAAUAGCUCAAUAAUUUAUUUGCUUCAAUCACUGAACACAACCGGCGCUUAUUAGAGUCGGCGUCUAUUUCCUUAACGCACACAGCUUUAGCAACAAAAAUAAGUUUAAUACUACCAAACUGUUUGUUACCAGUAUGACCAUUAUAAUAACAAAUCUAGUCUCCUGAGUGGCGCAGUGGUCUAAGGCACUGCAUUGCAGUGCUAGCUGUGCCACUAGAGAUCCUGGUUCGAAUCCAGGCUCUGUCGCAGCCGGCCGCGACCGGGAGACUCAUGGGCAGCGCACAAUUGGCCUAGCGUUGUCCAGGGUAGGGGAGGGAAUGGCCGGCAGGGAUGUAGCUCAGUUGAUAGAGCAUGGCGUUUGCAACGCCAGGGUUGUGGGUUCGAUUCCCACGGGGGACCAGUAUGAAAAAAAAUAAACAUAUGUAUUCACUAACUGUAAGUCGCUCUGGAUAAGAGCGUCUGCUAAAUGACUAAAAUGUAAAUGUAAAUCCAUCGCCGAUCAGACUUGCAAAGACUUAAUCACGAUUCUCUUUCCCGUUGUGCCUCGUUGCGCCUUGUAUCCCCCGUAGUUGAGCCGAGCAUGUCAAACCACACAGCUGUCUGAUCCAUGGCAAUGAUGGCAGACCUUUAUCUUAUUUUGCGCAAUCUUUACGUUACACACUGAAGUUCACUCGUAAACAAUUCAUUUAGACCCGGCGUUUAUUUGAAAGAGGUGUUUAUUUGCUGAAAUGUGUGCUGACGCCAGGCUAUUAAAAGGGACAGGUGGCUAUUUGAGACUUUCAUUGAAGUUUUACGGUACAUUUAGAACAGUUGAAGGACAUUUGUGGAUAAAAUGAUAUACUGUAAUUCAUGUAAUAAACAAAUAAAAAAAAGUAUUAGAGUUUACUCAUGUCCUCAUCUACAUAAUUCUACCCUCUGUCACUAUUAGGUCUAUAAGAGAAAGACAGAAGCAGCGAAAAAGGAGUACUUGAAGGCAUUAGCAGCUUACAGAGCCAAUCAGCUCUCACAGGUAAAAUCUCUAGGCCUGUCUUUGCUUAGAAAUCGUGACUGUAGCCAUGACAAUGUUAUACUGUAAAUGUCUAGAAGCUGUACUUAUCGCACAUUUUUGUUGUUGUCAUUUCUCAAUCGAUUUAAUAUACUCUUAUCCCAUCGAUUAGUUUACAUUUUUGUAAUUGUAAAAAAAGUAUAUUUAUUUUUUCCCUUCCCUGGGUUCUCUCUAGCCCUCCAUUGAAGUGAUGGACACGGCCUCUUCACCACCACCUCCAGUGCCUGAGCCAGUGCAUGUGACCCUCCUGGCUCCCGCCCGCCCCUCCCGCCUCCCCCAGCACAACCCUGACCAGAAUACCAUCACCAACAUCUGCGCCUCCAACAUCAUUCUGGACGUCCCCCAGGUCACCACACGCUCCCGCACAGGGGCUCACAAGCCCCCCACCCUGGGCCCCACCACAGCCACCCCGACCCUGACCCCCACCAUCACCAAGAUCAUCAUCUCCAAACAGAUACUCCAGGCCGGGGCUCAGCUCCACCAGAUCCCCACCUCCAUGGUGACUGUGCUCCCUGGCGGUGUGCGCACCCUGCUGCCCUCGGCCCCUCGCCAGCCCCCACCUCUGCAGCAGAUGCAACAUGCCCCUCCUCCCCCGCGGCUCCAGCAUAUGGUACACUCCCCAGCCCCGCCUCCCCUCCAGGCCAAGCCCAGAGGAAGUGCUGGACCUGGGCUUCCUGUGUCCAUCACCGCGACACCUCCCCCUCCACUACAGAUCAAGAUAGUCCCGGCUUCUUUGCAAGCAGACGAAUCCUUGCCCAUUAUUGUUACAACAACAGCAACCGCCAACUCAAUUGGUGUCACCAAUUCCACUGUACCUACAUUGGCUUACUCAACCCCUACAGUGGCUCUGCAAUUGGCAAAGUCCACUGACUUGACGGCCAGUGCAGAUGAGGAUGCGGUCACGGAAGAGUUCACGUCAGGAGAGGUAGGCUGAGGUUUUUCUUUGUAAAUUGACCCAAUGUGCAUGUUAAAUAUGCUUGGUGUUUUAAUCAUCAACUUUUCCCUAUUUUUCUUCAGAUGGAAAUGGAAUUGAAUGUGUCUCCAGGUGCCACGGAUGCAGCUACUGGCUCUCUGACUCUGUGUGUACGCGCAGGAUGCACCAAUCCUGCAAUAGAGAGCACGGACUGGGACAAGGAGUACUGCAGCAAUGAAUGUGUCGCCACUCAUUGCAGGUGUGUGGAUUUGGAUAUAAAUGUAUUUGUUCCUUUAUUUCUGUGAAGAAAGUUGUUGUUUUUGGGACAUUUAAGUGAAAGUUGUGUUGGAGUAGAAAAGGGAACAUUAUUGAUUAUGUUAAUUCCGUAGUCCUGUGUAGCUCAGUUGGUAGAGCAUGGUGCUUGCAACGCCAGGGUUGUGUGUUCGAUUCCCACGGGGUACCAGUAUGAAAACAUUUAUGCACUCACGCUUGUCUCUUUCUCCCUUUUCCCCUUUCUCUCCUUCAGGGAUAUCUUCAUGGCCUGGUGCUCCAUCAGGAAUCAGAACACCAUGGUUGUCAAGUAAAGACCAGGAUUACCCAGACAAGGGGUGAAUGUGUCUUGUUGGGUCAGGGGUGAUAACAGGCCUAAGGCAGACUGAUUGUGGUGAGAGGAAGAGAUGCAGUUCGGAGGAGAGGAGAGCAACUGGAGAAAAGAAAAGUGCGCGGUGUACCACAAAGUGAUCCAUUGGAAAGACUUUAUCAACAUAACACAUGGGAUUCAUUUACAAAUUCACGAACAGUGGAGACAGUGGCCGAGAUGAUAACUUGAGAGGAUAAAAUGUUUUUAUGUUUUAUUGUUUGGACGUGCAUACCUUUUAACAGGUCUAUUCACACUGAUUGUGUUAGAAGAGGAAGUACCCAAUAUGAAGGGACCUGAAAUCAUAGUGGGAUUGGAGAGGGUUCUAUUCCAGAGGGUACAUUAUAGUGCCACUAGUUGUGAC